CAAAAUUGAACCCGUAGUGGGAAUUUUAUUAAUUAAGGUGUCUGGUUAUAUUCACCAGGUGUAGCAUAGAAUUUCCCCCGAAGGUAACUAAUCCCGCCCAAUAGUAUUACGACACAUAAGCAGCUUAAAUGAGACUUUUUGUACUUAAAACGCUUGACUCUGAAAUUUCAAUUUUGUACAAAAUACCAGAAGAAGAAAAGUACACACAAGUUCAUCAUUUUCUCCUUCAAGAUCACCUUAUAAAUCCCUCCACCAUGCAAACCCCAUAACACCACCAACUCUCUCUCUAUCUCUUUCUCUCUCUAGAAAAUAUGGAUUUCGGGUUUUCGUGGAAUUUCACCACUCUCGCGCUCUUCGUGCCCGUAAUUCUUCUCCUAAUAAGAAAAUGGCGGAAAUCGAAAUCCGACUCUGUUAAAAACCUGCCACCUGGCCCUACACCCCUCCCCAUAAUCGGAGACCUCCACCACCUCACCGCGCUACCUUUCCGUUCUUUCAGGGAACUGUCGAAAAAGUACGGUCCACUAAUGCACUUGAAGCUCGGCCAGGUGUCCACCAUCGUCGUUUCUUCGCCGGAGAUCGCGAAGCAGAUGCUCAAAGAGCACGACCCGAGUUUCGCCGACAGGCCACGCUCAGUCGGGAUCGAGAUCAUGUGGUACGACUACACCAACAUCGCCUUCAGCCCCUACGGAAACUACUGGCGGCAGAUGCGCAAGAUCUGCGUGAUAGAGCUGCUGAGCCCCAAGAGUGUUCGGUCGUUUGCCUCGAUCCGAAAGGACGAGGUUUCGGGUCUGGUCGAUUCCCUCCGCCGCUGCGCCGCCUCCGGGGAACCCAUUAAUCUGACCGACAAGAUAUUCUCGCUGAUGAGCUCCAUCACCUGCCGGGCGGCGUUCGGGAAGGUGUCCAAGGAUAACGAAGCGCUGAUCAAGCUGUUGAAGGAAGGUAUUGAAAUGGCAAGCGGGUUUGAGAUCUCCGAUCUGUUUCCCGGUUCGAAGAUAAUCAAUGCCCUGAGUAAGGGUAGGUUCAAACUGUUGAAGAUGAGGCGCAAGCUUGACGAGAUUCUUGAUAGUAUAAUCGACGAGCAUAAGGCGAAUCUGGCUAAAAUGGCUACCGAAAAUGCAGAGUCGGCUGUAAAACGGGGGAAUGGCGAUGAUGGUAAUGAAGAUUUGGUUGAUGUCUUUUUGAGGAUUCAAGAAAACGGGGAGCUCGAAUUCCCCAUCGGAAACAACAACAUCAAAGCCGUUCUUCAAGACAUGUUUUCUGCUGGAACCGACACGUCAUCGACAGCAAUCGAGUGGACAAUGACGGAGCUAAUGAGGAACCCUCGAGUCAUGGCAAAGGCACAAGCUGAAGUAAGAGAAGCGUUUAAGGAAACCGAACCAAUAGACGAAGGCAACACCCAACACCUCAAGUAUCUAAAAAUGGUGAUCAAAGAAUCUCUUCGACUACAUCCACCCGUCCCGUUACUCCCGAGGGCUUCCAGGGAAGAGACGGUCGUAAACGGGUACACGAUACCCGCAAAUGUGAAGGUAUUGGUCAACAACUGGGCAAUUCAGAGGGAUCCAAAGCACUGGGAAAAUCCCGACAGCUUCGAGCCAGAGAGAUUCGAGAAGAAAAAUUCCAGGGAUUUCUUGGGUGGGGAUUUCGAGUAUCUGCCGUUCGGUUCCGGAAAAAGAAUGUGCCCUGGAAUAACGUUUAGCCUGGCUAGCGUCGAGCUUUUCUUGGCUCAGCUUCUGUACAGCUUCAACUGGAAACUGCCUGAUGGUGUGAAUCCAGGGAAUAUGGACCUGACAGAGAAUCCUGGAAUAACUGCUCAAAGGAAGGAGAAUCUUUAUGUGGUGGCCCUACCAUUAUGAAGAGUUUGACCUUGACUUUGAUUAUUAUUAUUACCUCCAUUUGUCUAGUGGUGUCUGUUUUUCGUUAUUUUCUCCCUGGAAUAAUUGUCAAGUUCUUACUUUGUUGAAACAUUGGGAUAUAGGAGAUUAUAUUUUUCUUUAAGUUUGAUCAAUAAAAGUCAGGCCUUCUUGGUCUUGGUCAUAUAUUAUAAUAUUUGGUCUGUUUCUAUGU